GCUAGAUGUUGGAAUGAGGCCGGAGGGAUGGGCGCUGUCCGCAAAAGUUCUAGCAGGGAGCGGACUCCUUCGGAGAAUAAGAGCGAGCGACAGAGGAUGGUGCGAGAGGAGGUGGCGGAAGGAACCCUCCGCAUGAAGAGGAUGAGAGGAAAACCGGAGGCGGUGAUGGGUGGGGAUGGAGGUGGCGACGGAGAACGUGCCUCGGGAAAGAGGCCAACGAAGGAAGCGGGUGGGAUGGCAAGUAAGAAAGCGAGGAGGCCCGGCGGUUUGACCAUCCGCGAAGGACAAGCCGCGGGUGGAGGAGAUUCGGCUGAUCCAGGCGCUGCGGCCGCGAGAGAACCUUCGGGGAAACCGAAACGGAAAGUGGCAGCUGAAGAAAGCGGUGGCGAGAAGAAAACUCGAAGGCGGAAGACUGCUGAGGCGGCGAGCGGUGGGGAAGGGCCUGUCGGUAAGGAGUACGAGGAAGCGGCAGCGUUCUGGCUCGAAUACGAGCGGAACGAUGUCGGUGAAAUCGUGGAGAAGGAGUCCGAACGGAGCUCACUGGACGUUGGCACAAAAAGAUUCGUCGCUCGCCGACAAGGAUGUCUCGCCGACAUGACCAAUGCCGAGAAACUGUUGAUCCUUUACGACAUUCUCGCGCUAAGGGGAGGGUUCGUGCAAUCCACGGGCGGCCAUCUGAAGCGUCAGCACAAACCAGGAAUUAAAGACAUGGUCGCGACGAGAAAAGUGGACCGUGUGAUGCUCCGUAUGUUCCACUACAUCUUGUUCCUUGAAACGGAGGAGGACGAACGUGUUUGGCACCACGGGAGCCCUUUUUUUCGGACCGAGGGGAAGCUUCGAGAGGAGUACGGGCCGCAGGGCCUCACGAAACAGGUGUGGGUCGAAAUGCGAAAGCAUUUCCAGGGCGCGGUGGAGUAUGUGAACACUUGCAAACGUACUCUUCCGCACGAGAAGGAGUCCAUCGACAACGCGAAGAGAUUGUACGAUGAUGACAGGUUCCCUAAAUCUUUCGAAAAGUCUGUCCGUUCCAUCUUGCGAUGGACGGAAGAAGAAGUUCGAGACACGAUCAGGGUCAGCGGGGAUGUGAGGCACAUCAAAUGGCCCGACCUCAACCGGGUGACCAGCCUUAUUCCUUUCGCUUUCCCGCCUUCCCAAGCUCAGAGUCAUGUCACUGCGAUCCGUGAAGUUGUGCGACAUUACGUGUGCAACCUGUACGUCCUCGAUUUGUGUGAUCCCACACUCCUCACAGACUGGCGAGAAGACGAUUUCGCCAACUUGCAAGGCCUUCUACAAACACUUUCGCCAACGCAUUGGGCGCUUGUGAUAUUUUCCCCGUCUUGUUGGGAGCUCAGUUUCUUGAAAGGCAUGGCGAAGCUUAGCGUCCAUCACGUCAGGACAGGGAAGUGGGUACGUAAUGCACAAAAGCAGGCCACUGUCCGGGAAGGCAAUAUGCUGGUUGAGGAGUGUGACCGCCUAUACGUGACUUUUAAUGGCGAGAAGCUGGAAGACAACACAUUCGCAGUCUACCCGGCCAGUAGCCCGACAAAGGCUUCCCGUGCUCAUGGUCCAAGUCCGGCCAAACACACGGUGGCGGGCCGCUCGAAGGGUGUCUGUUCGUCGGACCCAUCAGGACAGGCUGUGGCGUGUUUUGACGUGGCAGAAGAGGAAAGGUUCUCUCGUAGCACAUGGGAGGAUGGUGGCAUGACAAGUUCUCAAGGACCUGCUUACGGGGAGAUGGAGCGGAACCCGUCCCGCCUACUUGGUCUACUUGAAAACUUUUGGAAAGCUGGUCAAACUGUUUUUUUCUUUGGGAAGGCGCAUGCGUGUGUCGUGUGGGAACUCCUGCCCACCUGUCGGAACGUCGUCGCGUUGGAGAAGGAGGCGAAGAUGAUCGAUUACCUUCACGAGUUUGUGAAGGCACGCGUUGCACACACUCGCAACGCUUGCGGGUUUGUCCAGACCACCGGCGAACGAAGCUGGGAUCCCAAACGUGACAUGUAUUGGAAAUUGUCGGGGAACAAAAGGACGGACGUUUGGGACUUUCUCUUCGGACCCGGACCGCCUGGUCCGACCGACCUCGAAUACAGUCGAUGGAGAAACCUGGUGUUCACUAUGCUCAAUGGGUACCACGGUGCACCCAGGGAGUCUGUCUCGCACUUCCUAAAAAGGCUAGAGCACGUCUACUUCACGCUGGCCGAACCGCUCACUCUCGAAAACUACAAGUCACAGUUUGACGAGGAGGACCCUUUCGACGCUGACGACAUGGAGGAGCUGAGCGACUCUGAAACCUUCAAUUUCGAGUCCGUGCCACUUCCUCGGGUGGUUGGACAGGCAAAAACUGCUCUGGUGGAGUUUCAAGCGCCUUUCUACGCACUCGAAAUGGCACCGUCUCGUGGCAUUGACUGGCGCAUGCCGCAACCUCCGCUGUCCGGUCAGCAUCCGGGAGGGGGUGGUGGAGGAGAUGAAGGAGACAGCGGAGGUGGCGGAGGAGACGGCUCACAGUUUGCCGGAAAGGGGACGGGCGAGACAUCGUCGGUUGAGAAGGCGUCCGGCGGAAAGGGGUUGGGUGGAAAGGGGUCGGGCGGGAAGGGGUCGGGCGGGAAGGGGUCGGGUGGAAAGCGUAGAACGUCCGGGAGUCCCCAGUAUAUGGAAACUGACCCCCACUGCGUAGGGAGUCGAGAUUCCAACAUGCGAGACUAGACCACCCUUAGGUUUGAUCAAGUGCGAGUACAUUCGCACUUGUCUACGAGGAGUUUGUUUCCCGUUACCCAG